ACAAAAUGAAAACAUCAAACACUGUUAUUGUGUUUAGGUUGUUAUUGGUCGACUGCUGAGUGCCAAAAAAAAGAAAACAAAUUGUAUACGUAAAUAGGCUGUAGUUAAUUUUUUGAUAAGUGCAAUUGUGUGUGUGUGUGUGCGUUGAUUAUUAUGCAUAGUCACGGAUACAGUUUCCGUACGCAAUUGACAGUGAUUAUGAAUGUAUUUCCUGUGUAAUUGCAAUUGUAGUGAAUGCAAAAACAAAGCACUCGCAGCGCAGCCGAUGCGGACGCAGUAAAAGUUCUUUGUCUGCGCGACGCCAACGCCAGCGACAAGCUGCCGUCCCGUGUGUACUUGUAUGGUGUAUGGCAAUGUGCGUUGGUGCAAAAUUCGCAGUUGUUAGUGGACAGCGAGCGGGCGACGAAACACAACGUUAACAGCGACGUCGACGUUGCGCUGCUUUAGUUGGAGUUGCUAUUUGUGCAUGUGUGUGUGUGUGAAUGCGAGAAUGUGCAAGAGUGUGAGUGCGUGCGUGUGUGUGUGUGCAAGUGUAACUAAACAAAGCAACAGCUUACCACGCGCCAUAACAACAACAAGAAGCCAACAGUCAGUCAAACUAAGCGCUGCAACGCAGACGUGUGCGUCGUCGCCAGUAAGCAAGAAAGUUGCUGAUGCUGCUUGCACUGCUGCUGCACACACACAGUAAGGUGCAACAACAACAAGAAGGAGAUGCACUAAGAACGAGAAGCAGCUAAAUAACAAAAGAAGAAAUUAAGGCAGCUAAUUAAUAACUAUUGUUAACUAUCCGUUUCAAUUCGGAAUUGCAAAUUCAAUAACAACUACAACAAUAACAACGAGAACAACUACAAAAUGUCAUCUGUGAAUGUGAACCAAAAAGAGAGUCCCAGUCGAGACUCGACAGCGUCCACAUCGGGCCACAUAUCGAUGAUGGCGGAGAAUACGUUGGAGUCUUUGUCGAGGGAUUACAGUCUGGGCAGCCUCAAUUCCGCUGGCAGCCAGGAUGAGUUCUUUCGCUGUCGCGAUCAUGCGGACAGCGUAUUGAAGCGUAUGCAACUCUAUGUGGACAGCCAGCAGCUGUGCGAUGUCGUUCUCAUCGCUGGCAUUGAUGGCAAACGGGUGCCCGCUCAUCGCUUGGUGCUAUCAGCUUCGAGUGCAUAUUUUUCGGCGAUGUUUACCGGAUCGCUGCGCGAGACCAAGGAAAAUGACGUGACCCUUGGUGAGGUGAAUGGUGAUGCCCUGCAGCUGCUCGUCCAGUACUGUUACACUGGUUUCAUUGAGCUGCGCGAGGACACUGUCGAAACGCUGCUGGCCACCGCCUGCCUGCUGCAGCUGACCUCUGUGGUGACGGCAUGCUGCAAUUUUCUCGCCCGCCAGCUGCACCCAUCCAAUUGUUUGGGAUUCGCAUUCUUUGCGGAGCAGCAGAGCUGCACAACGCUACUGCGACUGGCGCAGGCGUACACCUGCCAGUACUUUAUGCAGGUGUGCCAAAAUCAGGAGUUCUUUCAACUAAAUGCCGAUCAGCUGGGCAAGCUGCUGUGCAGCGAUGAUCUCAAUGUGCCAUCCGAGCAGGAUGUCUUCCACAGUCUGAUGUCGUGGGUGCGCCACGAUGCGCCCACUCGUGAGCAGCACAUCGCCGAGCUGCUCGCCCUGGUGCGCCUACCCUUGUUGCAGCCAUCAUUUAUUAUGGAUCACGUGGAGAACGUGUGCAGCGCCAACGAAUGCCAGCAACUGGUGAUGGAAGCGUUCAAAUGGCAUUUAAUGCCCGAGCGCCGUUCGCGUAUUGCCACCGAACGAACCACGCCGCGAAAAUCUACUGUCGGCCGCUUGCUGGCUGUGGGUGGCAUGGAUGCACACAAGGGCGCCAUCACCAUUGAGAGCUACUGUCCGCGGCUGGACAAGUGGACGCCUUGGAAACACAUGACCGGCCGCCGUUUGCAGUUUGGCGCCGCUGUUAUGGAGGACAAACUGAUUUUGGUGGGCGGACGCGAUGGACUGAAAACGUUGCACACUGUGGAGAGCCUUGAUCUAAACACGAUGGCCUGGGUGCCACUCAAUCCAAUGGCAACGCCCCGACAUGGCCUCGGCGUUGCGGUGCUGGAGGGGCCCCUCUAUGCGGUUGGCGGACACGAUGGCUGGAGCUACCUGAAUACGGUUGAACGCUGGGAUCCUAUUGCGCGCACCUGGAGCUAUGUGUCGCCGAUGUCCUCGAUGCGUUCGACCGCUGGUGUUGCGGUGCUGGGCGGUCGUCUCUAUGCCGUUGGCGGACGCGACGGUUCUGUCUGUCAUCGCUCCAUUGAAUGCUACGAUCCGCACACAAACAAAUGGAGCCUUCUGGCGCCAAUGAAUCGACGUCGCGGCGGCGUUGGUGUGACUGUUGCAAAUGGAUUCCUCUAUGCCUUGGGUGGCCACGACUGCCCGGCCAGCAAUCCCAUGGUGUGUCGCACCGAGACCGUGGAACGUUAUGAUCCAGCUUCCGAUACCUGGACACUGAUUUGCUCGCUGGCCCUGGGACGCGAUGCGAUCGGUUGUGCACUGCUUGGAGAUCGUUUAAUUGUCGUUGGCGGCUACGAUGGCAAUCAUGCACUCAAGACUGUCGAGGAGUACGAUCCGGUGCGCAAUGGCUGGAAUGAACUGACGCCCAUGUCGUUACCACGUGCCGGCGCCUGUGUCGUUGCCAUACCGAACAUAAUACCGCCAGCAGCUCCCCAGCCGCCUGCCAGUGCCACAAAAAAGAAGUGGAUGCCAGUAAGAUUGGAUCCAAUCUGCUAUAGUCGUCGUAGACCUGUCGUAUUUGUCGACUACUAUAAUAUGUAAUUAUGAAAACUAUAAUUAGUUAAGCAAAAAAAAAAAAAAAACGAAAUACAAAAUGCCAACAAGCGAAAGCCAACACAAAUGGUAACUUUUAAAUAUUACGUAUUAUUUUCUACAAUCAUAUUUUUACACAACCAAAACAAAACAUACACUACGCAUAUAUGUAUACACUGAAUAUGUAUUUUUUGUAAUAAAAUAUAUCUUUUAUUUAUACGUUGCUAAAUGCAACGGGAAAUU